AUGGGUCAAGGUUCAACGACUCAGCAAACCGAUACUGAUCAACCUGAUCCAUCCGUUACCUCAAGACCUUCCCAUGUUGGUGUGGGCUCAGGAUACUCCUGGUCAGUCUUUAAUGGAUUCCAGACAGCUAUUCAAGAUAUCGCUCAUGGUAUACUUUCGGGCAUGGGAGAUUUUGGUCGUUCCGCAGACCUUCAGCUACAUUCAGACGAGGACGGUAGCGUUGAUAUCUGGGUUAGCAUUUCAAUGCUGAGUAUGAGAGAAAGCCAGUUUAAUCGAUUUCAUAGGCAAGCUAGAGGUAUCAUACGCCGUCUGGCAACCUCGUACCCCGAUCUUGUUUCUUCCACACCUGCCGUAGACGUUACUCCCCCUCCUACCCCUGCUGAAUCCUCAUCUCUCGCGGCUCCUUCAACUUCUGCUCCUAUGUCUGUUGAUAUGCUUCUUCUUGAGCCGGAUUUUGAAAUUUUGAAUGCGGCUGACUCUUCACGUACAAAUGUUGGAGGGGAAAAUGAGACCCAAAUAUCGGCUCCAGAUACGUCUGGUCCCCCUAUGGCUGUAGAUAUAUCUCUUAAUCAGCCAGAUUUUGAGGUGGCAACUCCAAUGGAGCCAUCGAGUAUUGAAGACAGUGAGAUGGAGCAUUAUUUAGAGCACCCAGUUAAUAUAGACCAUCCAAGUCGGGACUCCUCUGUUCCUCCUGCUUCAAAUAUCGAUAUGCCUGAAGGUAAUACGGAACAGCAUGUUCCUGAGCUGGUAAUCGAUGCAGGAAAUAUGAGCAAUGAAACAGUAUCUCAAGCUGAACAUACAUCUUCGGAGGAUUCUCAGGAUUCCCGCGGGGCCAAUGCCGUUCAACAACCUUCUAAUCGAUUUCCCUUGCCUCGUGAAGUUCCCUUAGGAGUUCUUGCAGACAUGAUUUCUAGGCAGCGCCAGCUUUGGCGCCAAGCAGAGCCUUAUCUUGAAUAUUUAGAGAAUAUGCUACGAUGUGAAGAAUGUGUUCAGAAUCGCGAGUUCCCCAAUCGUCAGCACCAACAAAGACACUCAUCUAGAGUCGAUGGUAGUGUGACUGAGUCAUCUGCGGACACAGGUGAGGCAGCAUCUAGAGAUGAAAGCUCUCCAGAUACAUUACCUGAAACUACCACUGGGGCUUUUUCUACUGCUGAAAGACGAGAGCCUACGCGUGUAAUCCCUUGGCAUCAGCGAGUAAGUGUGAUGCACAUACAUUGGCUUCUCUUUCGUCAAAUCAAACUCUUGCAUUUUAUCUUUCACUUUUGCUUCUCAAAUGUAUACAUAUUUUGCAUGGAGCUAGUGACUUUUUAUGUUUAG